UGGCCAGCAACAUUUGCCAACUUCACGGAGCUACAAGUAGCAUGAUAACUGAACUGCUGAACUUGCCGAGUUGACAUUGAAUUGGUGGUCUUUAGAGCAGGCUAAAACAAUGAGUUCUCUGUCUUUAAACACGUUAAAACAGGUAAUGCGUGCUAUGGUGCACACCCCCGCUUUUGACCGCGUCUUAAGUAAGGUGAACAUUCUUUCUGCAAGUCCCGGUAAACUUGUGUGCGAGAUGAAGGUCGAGGAAGAGCACACAAACCGAGGUGGCACACUGCACGGAGGGAUGACUGCAACAUUAGUCGACGUAAUUUCCACGGCUGCUUUGUUGCACACGGAAAGAGGAGCACCUGGUGUGAGUGUCGACAUGCACAUCACGUACAUGAAUGCUGCUAAAUUGGGAGAAGAUAUCCUCAUUACUGCCGAAGUCCUAAAACAAGGAAGGACAUUAGCAUUUGCCACCGUAGAUCUCACUUCCAAAGCAUCAGGAAAACUUAUUGCACAAGGAAGACACACAAAGCACUUGGGUAGCUAAACCAAACCCAGCUGUAGUACUGGGAGAUUGUUACCACCGGCAAGAGACUAUUCUUCUGCAGUUCCUGUACGACUUAUGAGGUUGAGCUUGCAAUACAUUUAGUUAAAUAUCGAUUCAACAGUGUUGUUUUUCACAUAUAUUGUCAUAUUAAAUAAUCAAAGAAACCACAAAUGAUGAGUUACCUUUAGUUCCACUAAUUAAAAGGUUUAAAAAUUGUGCCAAUUUGUGUUGUUUUUGUUGUGUUCUUGGGAUGAGUAACAUUGGGAUGACUUGCAUUAGCUUUGGGUUGUAAGUAACACACAAAGGCUUUUGCCAUAUUGUGCAGUCAUGCCAAUGAUUUCUGCUAAUGUGUGGCAGUGGACUGUGAACUAUUUAAAUAUUGUCCCAUUUAAAAGUAUAUUCUAAUUUAGGCACUGCAUAUAAACAGGUAUUGUUUCACUGUUUGACUGGGUAUAUUAACUGUUCACAGGUUUUAUCAAGCAUAAACUUGCUCAUAUCAAAUUCUGAAACAAAAUUCAUGAUGUGGUGUUGGUGGAAUUUGUUUCAAAAUAAAAAGUCCAGUAAAACACAACUUGUAGAAAACGAUGCACUGUCAUCAAGUUAUAAUUUCAAAGGAUAGUUUAGUUUGUCUGUGCCUUUUCAGGGAUUGUGGUAUAUCCUCUUAGAUAGAUACUUUAAGUGCUAUUUCACUGUAAAAUAAGAGGCAUGUGUACAGUCUGAAUAAAAACAACAUGACUGCCAA